AUGGAGUCACAAACAUUCACGCUCUUCACUAUACCGCCUGAGAUGCGGCUCAACAUUUACAAACUCCUGCUAGACGAGGCACAAUGUCUUCGCUACUUCGUCCACCAAAUCGUCGGUAGCCAGUUCUUCGUCUCAGAGAUCGAUGAUGCUCAAGCUGCAUCCAACCAGCAGAUCAAGCGGACUUAUAUCGCCCUGCUACAGACCUCACGAGCAAUCAACCAGGAGUCGACAGCAUUGCGGGGGCGCUUGAUGCUCAGCUUCACAGGACGGCUGGACGUCUGGAGACACAGUGUCAAUGGCGAAGAAGUAGUCUUCGAAGACGAUCGAAUGGUCACGAGCAGUAGACACCCUGCUUUCUUGCUGGACAACUCUGUUGUGAGGGCCGCGAGGAUAAUCGCGCUGAGGAUAUCUACCAAGGGUACAGUUUACGGGACGACGGUGUUCCGCCACGUCAUUGUCAGACGAGAUGAAGAGGUUGUGGCAGAAACGGCUGGCGAGGAUGGCAUCGUCUUAGCCAAUACUUUCGGUCAGAGCUGGACGAUUAAAGACGAGUGCUGUUUGGACACGGCUAGCAACCGUUGCUUGAAAUUGUUGAGGCGAGAAGGAUGGCAGAUCUGA